UUUGCUUUUCCGUCGCCGUCUCUAUCAGCAGAAGACAGUUCCCCAGCAUUUUACUUCGGAUCUUUUCCCUCUUUUUCGAUGCAAUCUUUUAACAUUCGCAUUCCUUUUUUCUGUGAGCUUUUUGUCCAAUCGCUGGUGAAAGUAGGGGUGACGUUUUCUUGAAGAGAUUUCUAGGGUUUUAGAUGAAGAAGUUCUUCUGUAAUGGCAAUCAGAGGCGUCGAUUUCAAGUGGUAUGACGGAUUCUUUCUGUCGAUGCUUGCGACGAGCGUAAUCAUUGUUUCAAUCAAUUGGAAGCGGUAUCAUCUUUGUACAUAUCCUUUGCAUAUAUGGAUCGUGGUUGACUAUACAACUGUCUUUGUUUUUCGGCUACUGAUGUUCAUAGACAAUGGCCUGGCUGCAGGAAUGGGCUUGGAUCUGGGGUGGCAGCAACGUUAUGCUCGUUUCUGUGGAAGAAUUGUGGUUCUUUCAAUUCUUUCUCUGCUGCUUUAUCCAUUCUUAUGGGCUUGGACUGUGAUUGGUACACUAUGGUUCACAAGUGCAAGAAGCUGUUUGCCCGAGGAAGGUCAAAAAUGGGGUUUCCUUAUUUGGUUGCUUUUCAGCUAUUGUGGACUCAUAUGCAUUGCUUGUAUGUCAAUCCGCAAGUGGUUAACACGGAGGCAAGCGCAUUUACUACGUGCUCAGCAAGGAAUUCCAAUAUCGGAAUAUGGAGUUCUGGUUGACAUAGUCCGAGUACCAGAUUGGGCAUUUGAAGCUGCUGGUCAGGAGCUGAGAGGGAUGGGUCAAGAUGCUGGUGCAUACCAUCCGGGGCUUUACUUAACUGCGACACAGAGAGAAGCUGUGGAGGCACUCAUUCAAGAACUACCCAAGUUCAGAUUAAAGGCUGUCCCGACUGAUUGUAGCGAGUGCCCCAUCUGUCUUGAAGAGUUCCGCGUUGGGAACGAGGUUCGGGGGCUCCCUUGUGCCCACAAUUUCCAUGUGGAGUGCAUUGACGAGUGGCUCCGGCUGAACGUGAAGUGCCCCCGUUGCCGCUGCUCCGUCUUCCCCAACCUCGACCUCAGCGCCCUCUCCAACCUUCACGCUGACUCUGGGCGGCCCUCUGCUAGUGUUUUGACGGCCACACGCUACGUGCACACGCAGCCGGCAGGCCAGAGCUACCUGUUGAGGUUGCAGGGCCUGCUACGCACGAUCCGAAUGGAGAAUGCUGGUGGAGGCAAUGAUGACGCUGGCCUGGAAGCAGCAGAAGAUGGACGGGCAGUUUUAUCUCAGGGUCUGCCGAGCACAACGGCACCGGUGAUGACGGGCAUGACCAUGGAUCGGUCUUUGCCACCCCAUCAUUAACGCUCUUAACUGUAACUCUGUAUGGAUGUUUCUUUUUCUUUUUUCUUUUUUCCAUUUUAAAUGCAUGCGCUCAAAGAGAGAUUGCAUGGUGUUUCAUCA